AUGGGUGUGAUUCUCAAGAUUUUGCAGCGCAUGUUCGAGGAUGGGUAUCAAGACGAGAAGGAUGAAAGUCAGGAGCUAAGAACAAUGUUGGAGGAGAAUUUCAUCACUCCUGACCAGGUCUCGCCUUUGCAGCUGGUGUGGUUAGUAUUUUGCAGCCUUGGCCCCACGCUCCUUCCAACCGUCUACCGCUUCGUCAAUGGCUAUGAAGACUUUUUGUUUUCCAGCCACCCCGCUGUGAGGCGAUGCCAGUAUGCAUACUUGCUCAUAACUUUCUCGACUUCAGCACACCUGCUCAGUUCCUGUUAUGAUCUGAAUGAGCGCCUGGAGAACAUGCAACUCGCCACGCUGGCAACCUUGUAUCUCGUUGCGCCCACCAAGCGCCGUGCUGUACUUGCUGCCACCUACAAGCGUCGCUUCAAGAAACUGGUACUCAUGCCGACACCUCAAAAUUCAGUAACUACUCCUCUUGCCGAAGCAGAAGUCCAGAGGGUCACAACUGAGGCUGGCAGAACUCUCUCAGAGGGCUUUGGCCAGUUGAGAUAUGUCAUGGACCAGAGGGAGCAGAAUGCUUGGAAGCUUUUCCAGAUUGAGUACGAGACAGCUUGUGGAGUUGAGAAAAGCAGUCCCAGUCCAACUUUACAUGGCACCACUUCAUCCCAUGCCGAUUCUGCCUUCACGGAUGAUGAUGAUAAUGACAAUCAUGAUGCCAACAAAGGCACCUUCUCAUACCUUGCAACACGCAAAUUUGCUUUGCUUCAACUCUUAGCCAGGUCAGAUUGCUUGGUACUGGAGGUGAAAUCGCAAGUGGUAGCCUUGGUUCUCACAAUGAUAGUGGUGAUGUGUGCUCUCAUUGUUGGGUUUUCCAUUGGGUUGAUGCACGGUCAUCAUGCAAUCACUCCAUUGUUUUGCGUGAUUUUCUUGCCACUCAUUGUGAUCGGGAUGCUUCUCAUCUUGAACAAGCUGGUGAUGCUGGAGGUCUACCUGUACGAGGAUACCUUGAAGAUUUUACAGUCUUGGCGUGAGCGCAUGGAACGACUAAGGUAUGCAGUCACUCUUCACAAAGCCAGCACCGCGAAUCGGGCGGAACAGGAGAGCUUUUUCCACAGUCUCAUCGACCCUGUGGCUGGCCUGAUUGACUACACCAAGAACUGGCAAAAACGCGUCAAGAUCUUUGGCCUAAAUGCAUCUAGCUCGCGCCGGAAUCGCAUUCUGCUGUCCAUCAUCGCGUACUUUGGCCUUGUGUUUUGGCACUUCUUGUCACACAAAACAUGGUACAUAGAGCUGCAACAAGAGUUUUCAACGAUUGCCAUGUCUCAUGGCGUAGUAGUACUUCCGGAGUAG